GUCUAAACAUCUGUCCGAAUUUCAAAGCGAAAGUAAGGAAACAAGAUAAAUUUCCUGCUGUAAAUACACUGAAUCCUGAGAAUAUCUCACCACAGAAUGCCAACAAAAGGACAAAGAAAACAUGCGAAAGUGGAGGAUAAAGCUGUCACUCUCUUUAGAGAAUAUUUGAGGAUCAAAACUGUCCACCCUGAGCCUGAUUAUGAUGGAGCGAUUGCGUUUCUUGAAAAGAUGGCGAAAGACAUUGGGCUACCAAGUAAAGUAGUAGAGGUCCAUGAAGGAAGAAAGAUUCUGAUAAUGACAUUGGUGGGAAAGGAGCCUGGAUUGCCAACCAUCUUAUUGAACUCUCACACAGACGUGGUGCCAGUCUACCCAAAAGAGUGGAAGGUUGAGCCCUUUAGUGCAGAUAAGAUGGCAAAUGGUGACAUCUAUGCAAGGGGAACACAGGACAUGAAAUGUGUAGGCAUUCAGUAUUUGGAAGCAAUCCGGAAACUGAAAGCCAAGGGAUUGUCUUUCAAAAGGACCAUACAUCUCACGUUUGUCCCAGAUGAGGAGAUUGGUGGAAUACUCGGAAUGAAGUUGUUUAUCAAGCAUGAAGAGUUCAAGAAACUCAAUAUUGGCUUCGCCCUCGAUGAAGGACUUGCAAACCCAACUGAUGCGUUUACUGUCUUCUAUGGCGAGAGAUCUCCUUGGUGGGUUAUGGUUCGCUGUCGUGGCAACCCUGGCCAUGGGUCAAGAUUCAUUGAAAAUACAGCUGCUGAGAAACUGAGAAAGGUCAUAAACAGCUUCCUAGAUUAUCGAGGAAUGGAAGAGAAAAAACUGAAGAGUACUGGGUGCCUUACACUCGGUGAUGUUACUACAGUCAACCUUACCCUGUUGGAGGGUGGAGUGCAGUUCAAUGUUGUGCCUAAUGAACUUUCUGUUGGGUUCGACAUAAGAAUCACGCCGACACAAAAUCUGAAAGAGUUUGAAAAGAAGAUAAAGACAUGGUGUAAGGAGGCAGGAACUGACGUCACGUACACUUUCGCACAGAAAAACAUGGAUCAGACGUUAACGAGCACUGAAGACUCGGACCAGUGGUGGAAGGCCUUCCAUAAAGCUUGUUCGGAUAUGGGAAUGAAGUUGGAAAAGGAGAUCUUUCCAGCGGCUACAGACAGUCGCUUUCUUCGGGAGGCUGGCUAUCCCGCAAUCGGAUUUUCGCCGAUGAAUAACACACCGAUUCUCUUGCACGACCACAACGAGUUUUUGAACGAGGAUGUGUUCAUGAAAGGCAUCGAUAUUUACUGCGGGAUCAUUCCUGCUAUGGCAAAUGCUUAGCUUGUCCGCUGAAACUAUGUGACACAGUAAUCUUGAUCAGUUUGAACAAUAUUCGGCCACGGACUUGAGUAAUGGUGUGAUAACACUAUUUAUAAGUUAGUUGUUUGAUAAACUGAGUUGUUUGAUAAACGGAUUGUUCCUCUCCACUAUCCCAGCAAGCUAUAUACCAGUGUGUGUAUACCACGUGAUAAAUUGCGUCAUAAAUGUUACGUCGGAAGGCAAUAUUUUUCUUCGGAUGAAGACUUUAAACAAAGAUAACUUCACUAUUUCUUUACCAUUUUAGAUGAAACAUAGCGCAGUCUACGCCACUUAUGGUGCCCCGUCUUGGGUCUUUUAACAGAGUUUGAUUGAGAGUUUAGUUUCUUAAAACACUUCGACAAACCUUUUCUCAAUACGGCCGUCUGACAGAGCACUGUCAAAACAUUAUUUUGGAAACAGGUUUGUCGAAGUGUUUGAUGAAACCAAUCACCAUAUCAAACUUCUGUAAUAAAACGAAGGCUGGGCUCUUUAAGCGGCAUAGACUGCCCUUUGUUUUAUUUAAAAUGGUGUAGUAAAAGAAAAGUUAUCUUUGAUUUAAGUCUUUAUUUUAAGCAAAAUGUUGCCUUCUGACGUAGCAUAUAUGACAUAAUUCGUGGUAUACACACACUGUGUACGUUUUAUGUACCGAAUCACAUUUUCAUUAAUACAAGUACUAGUGUUCAUGCAUCAGGAAAAGGAACUUUUUUCUGGCUUAUACAUCUCAAUAAACUGAUACUCACAUCUAUGUAUGCAAGUAUAUGUGACUCAUUCUGCUAUCACAUUAUCGUCAAUCAGAUAUCUCGUAAAACUGUGUGUAUUUUUUAAUAUGAUUGUUUUUAGACUAUCAACGAAUAAUAGAGGCCAAACUCUCUAAAAAACAUCAGAUUGAAAGCAUCAGAUCCACAUGUCUAAGCUUAAAGUAUCAGAUUCACAGGCCUAUACUUGAAAGCAUCAGAUUAACACCCUAUGCUUGAAGCAUCAGAUUCACAGGCCUAUGAUUGAAAGCAUCAGAUUAACACCCUAUGCUUGAAACAUCAGAUUCACAGGCCUAUACUUGAAAGCAUCAGAUUAACACCCUAUGCUUGAAGCAUCAGAUUCACAGGCCUAUACUUGAAAGCAUCAGAUUAACACCCUAUGCUUAAAAGUAUCAGAUUCACAGGCCUAUACUUGAAAGCAUCAGAUUAACACCCUAUGCUUGAAGCAUCAGAUUCACAGGCCUAUACUUGAAGCAUCAGAUUAACACCCUAUGUUUGAAGCAUCAGAUUCACAGGCCUAUGCUUGAAGCAUCAGAUUCACACGCAUUUGCUUCAAAGCAACAGAUUCACAGGCCUAUGCUUGAAAGGAAUGAUGCAGAUUCAUUGAGUAUUAAUCCUGUCAACAUAAAGGCAUAGUUUGUUUUUUAUGUAAUGGAAUGAGUUAUUUCGCCACGAAAAAAUCUCUAUCACAAAAUAAUAAACAGUUUUAUAAUUAUGCGAUGCGAAUUAUCACAAAAUGUUUUGGUUGGACUUGAAACUCAUAUGUGUGUUCAUUGCUUUGGGUUUAAUUCCAUAUACGUUUAUUUUGUCUAACAAUGUGCAAUAUAACAACUGAAAUGAAAUAUUUUGAUUAUAUAUCUAACAGCGUAAAAAAUAAUUCCAAAAAAAGAGAAAAAAACUCAUUUUAUACUUUUUACACAUUGCCACGUGUUCGUUAAUUAUAUCUCCAUAAAGUGUUUGCAAAACUGUAUGCCUAUUUUUAAGCAGAUAAUGCUUUAUUUCGAAUAAUAAAAAUUAAAAGUUU